AUGGAGCGGGCCGAGAAUAAACUGCUGAAGACCCUGGAAAAGCUGGGAGAAGGGGAGCUGCAGAGAUUCAAGGACAAACUGAGUGAAAUCCAGCCUAAGGAGGGACACCAACAUCUCCCCUCUGGGAGCCUAAGAAAUGCGGAUCCUCCAGCCCUCACGGACCUGCUCCUCCUCUUCUAUGGGACGGACUAUGGGGCAGAGGUGGCUGCGGAGGUGCUGAGAGCCAUCGACCAGGGAGCCCUAGCAGAGAGAAUCGAGAGAUUCAUUUAUGCACUGGAACGUGUUUCCUGGGCAAAGGUCUCGCCUUGCCUCACCCCCUUCCUGGCUCAGGUCACAGGCUCAGAGAAAUAUUAUUUCGAGCGGUGGCGGUGGCAGCUGCAGAAGCGGCAGUGGCAGUGGCAGUGGCGGCAGUGGCAGCAGUGGCAGCAUCACUUCGCGAGAGGAGAUUUCAUAUAUGUGAAAUGCAUACUGAACGAUGAGCAGUACCAGACAAUCAGAGCUGAGAAAACCAGCCAGGAGAAGAUGCGGAAGCUGUACGAGCUGGUGCCGAGCUGGGACAAAUGGCAGAAGGACCACCUCUACCAGGCACUGAAGAGAACAAAAAGAGACCUGGUUGAAGAGCUGGAGGGUAAAUAA